UUACUAGUACAUGCUUCUCUCUCUUUGAAACCAGUGUUGAAUGCUUUUCACUUCCAGAACUUACUAUCUAAUCUCUUGUUCAUCUUCUUUUCAUUUUGCUAGUACAUCUCUCGCAUCGACAUGGUAGCUUCAUCUUCUAGAUCACUCUUGUUCCAUGUUUCAUUUAUUCAAACAUGACAUUCAAAGGCCAAACCACCAUGGAAGCACAUAUUAUCCUCUGUUUAUGUCAUGAUGUUUGUGUAAAAUAAUGGUAAUUGGACACGUGUGAUGAUCUGGAGUGUAAAUAUUGAUCAAACGGUGGAAAUAGGGCGAAAGGCAUGGUUCCUUACGGGCACUAAAAGCAUCAAAUCUUGAUCCCCUAUGAGUAGUUGGAAUGAGAUGGUUUGUGAGUGAGUGAAUGAAGCGAGUUAUUAUUGUGUUUUUGAGCGUGUAACUCGUGGAUCGUCCUACACAUGACUAUUUAAAUACUCAAAUCACAACACAUUUUUCUUCACUCUUUCUUUCUUUACACUUCCCUCCUUCGUUUCCUCUUUCAGCAACCACCCUUAAGAUCUUAAGAUUCAUUUUUCAUCUAUCAAUGGCUCCGGCAGCAGCAUCUUCAGACUCCUCUAUACAGCCUAGAGAUGUUUGCAUCGUUGGUGUUGCACGUACACCAAUGGGUGCGUUUCUUGGUACUCUUUCAUCUGUACCUGCCACCAAGCUAGGCUCGAUAGCUAUUGAAGCUGCUCUUAAAAGGGCCAAUGUUGAUCCAGCAAUUGUGGAAGAAGUAUUCUUUGGGAAUGUCCUUAGUGCUAAUUUGGGGCAAGCUCCUGCUAGACAAGCUGCUCUUGGAGCAGGACUAUCGAAAUCAGUAGUCUGCACAACUGUUAACAAAGUUUGUGCGUCAGGAAUGAAAGCUACAAUGCUUGCCGCCCAAAGUAUUCAAUUGGGCAUAAAUGACGUUGUUGUGGCCGGUGGUAUGGAAAACAUGUCUAGUGUACCUAAGUACCUGGCAGAAGCAAGAAAAGGAUCCCGCCUUGGACACGAUUCACUAGUUGAUGGGAUGUUGAAAGAUGGUUUGUGGGAUGUUUAUAAGGAUGUAGGUAUGGGUGUGUGUGCUGAACUCUGUGCAGAUAACCAUUCAAUAACAAGAGAAGACCAGGAUAAUUAUGCAGUUCAGAGUUUUGAACGUGGAAUUUCUGCCCAAGAAAAUGGUUACUUUGGGUGGGAAAUCACUCCGGUUGAAGUCUCUGGUGGAAGGGGAAGACCAUCAACAAUUGUUGACAAGGAUGAGGGUCUAGGAAAGUUUGAUGCUGCCAAGUUACGCAAACUUCGACCAAGCUUCAAGGAGACUGGAGGCUCUGUUACUGCCGGCAAUGCUUCCAGCAUAAGUGAUGGUGCUGCUGCAUUAGUUUUGGUGAGUGGAGAGAAGGCAUUGAAGCUUGGGCUUCAGGUCAUUGCGAAAAUCACUGGAUACGCUGAUGCUGCUCAGGACCCAGAGUUAUUUACAACAGCUCCAGCCAUUGCCAUCCCCAAAGCCAUUGCCAAUGCAGGGUUGGAGACUUCAAAAAUUGAUUUUUAUGAAAUUAAUGAAGCCUUUGCGGUCGUGGCUCUUGCAAAUCAGAAACUUCUUGGACUAGAUUCGGCAAAAGUAAAUGUACAUGGUGGAGCUGUAUCAUUGGGCCAUCCUCUUGGUUGCAGUGGUGCUCGUAUCCUGGUGACACUUUUGGGGGUACUGAAGCAGAAAAACGGAAAGUACGGUGUAGGUGGUGUUUGCAACGGAGGAGGUGGUGCAUCUGCCCUUGUUGUGGAGCUCCUGUGAAAGUAAUUCAUAUUCAAUAGUUGUUGUUUACGAGCCAGCGUAUGUGUAACGUUCAAACAUCGAUGUCUCGCACUUUAGCAAGUGUGCGUGCAAGUUUCAAGUUGUUUACAAGGGCAAAAAGGAAAGAGUGGAAAAAUUUGGAUAUUUAGUUAUCAGAUAUAAGUUUCAGAUAUUGUUAACGAGAAUAUUUCUUAGGAGCAAAGUAGACAUUAUUUAGAUUUUCAUUCUCUUUGCAAUAAGUUUCUGGUGUACCUUGCUGUGUAAUGAAUAAUUCAUCAAGCUUCUUAUUCUGAAUUCAA